AUGGUCAGAGGCUUCCGGGUUUGCCUUCCUAGCUUCAAACACCAAAACCUGCCGGAAAAUACGGAGGACCGCGUGGACGUGCAGAUUUCAAGAACCCCUGACGAGAAAUCGCGAAGAGACUAUCGGUUCUGGGCUAUUAUAAUAGCGCUUUGCAUAGUGUCGUUGCUCUCCGCAGCUGAAAAUACCGUCGUCGUCACAUCCCUGCCGACCAUUGUUAAAAAGCUUAACGUCGGCCAAGACUAUGUAUGGAUUAGCAAUGUGUUCUUCUUAACGAGUGCGGCCGUACAGCCUUUAUGUGGGCAAUUGUCCAACCUCUUCGGACGGCGCCAUCUCGCUCUAUCGAUUGUAGCUAUUUAUAUCCUUGGUAGUGGAAUAUGCGGUGGUGCCAGCAAUCCCGCCAUGCUAAUCGCUGGCAGGGCUGUCCAGGGAGCUGGGUCAGGCGGAAUCAACAUGAUUAUCGAUGUUAUUAUAUCCGAUCUCGUCCCUCUAAGGCAACGCGGAAAUUUCAUCGCCAUCAUCCUCGCAGUAUACGGCAUCGGGACGACACUAGGACCAUUCAUCGGCGGAAUCAUCGUCGAAAACACGUCUUGGAGAUGGGUCUUUUAUAUCAACUUGCCGAUUGGAGCUGCGGCGUUCAUACUCCUAUUCCUAUUUCUCCGCGUCAAUUGGGAUAGAUCCGCGACGGCCUACGACAAGAUUCGCCGGCUCGAUUAUAUCGGGAACGGUAUCCUAAUUGCGUCUACCGUGUCAAUUUUAAUAGCAUUGACGUGGGCAGAUGCGGUAUAUCCUUGGGGGUCCUGGCAUAUUCUCGUGCCUCUCCUUGUCGGAGUAGGGGGUAUGAUGCUGUUCGUGGCUUUCGAGGGCUUGCCGUUCGUAGCUGAGCCGGUCAUGCCCUUGCGAUUAUUCAACAACCGUACUGCCGUCAUCGUUUUUACCGCCACCUUUUUGAAUUCGCUUCAAAAUUAUUGGGCAUUCUUCUUCAUCCCGCUUUACUUCCAAGCCGUUCGACUGGCUUCACCAGCAGAGUCUGGAGUAGACUUGCUAGUGUUCAGUCUCGUUGGCGUACCUGGAGCAGCGAUCGCGUUGUUGGUUCUGUCUAAAUGGGGCCGAUAUAAGAUUCUUCAUAUUGUCGGAUCUGGUCUGUUCGCCCUCGGGAUAGGGUUGUUUAGCAUCGUGGACCAAAAUACUAGCACCGCCGCGUGGGUUUGGAUGAAUAUCGCAGCAGCGUUAGGGACCAGCAUGCUCAUGAAUACAUUACUGCCUGCUUUCCAGGCGUCGGUCGAAGAAGCCGACCAGGCGGCCGCUACGGCCAGCUGGGCCUUCAUCCGAAGUUUUGGCAACAUAUGGGGCGUGGCAAUCUCGGCGGCCAUCUUCAACACCUUCGCUGCAAAAUAUGCGCCGUCGAUUGACGACCUUAGGGUUAGAGAAUUACUUACAUCGGGGAAUGCAUACUCGAGCGCGACUAAAGUCUUCGUAGAAUCGUUCGAAGAGCCCGUACAGCAGCAGAUCCGGAUGGUCUUCACUCUGGCCCUUCAUAAGGUAUUUCUGAUCGGUGUGCCGUUCAUAGGGGUUAUCUUUGUCUUGACCCUCUUCGAAAAGGAGGUCGGGCUAAGAACCGAACUAAAGACCGAAUUCGGUCUCGAAGAACGGGAAACAGGUAGGUAA